UGCCUCUCUUAUUUGAUCAUAAUCUGCUUUUGCUAGGUUAAGGGUUUUAUAUUCAACAGUUACCAGUUCGUUGGUCUCUGUCGUCCGGGGCAUAGCCAUGGAGUCCUCACCAUCUCUGCCCUCAUCAACAUCUUCGUGUUGGAGCAACGUGGUGAAGAAGCAACCGCCACCAGUAAACAAGCCAAACCUGGAAGCGGCAAAUCAACUAUUCGUCGAGAGCUGCAAGUCCACGAAGGGCAUAUCCAUGGCUGUAAUAGAUGCCAAUGCCGUAAUCGAGGGCGGAGAAAAACUCCAUAGCUUGGCCGACAAGUUCGUUACCGUACCUGAAGUCCUUGCCGAGAUUCGCGACCCCGUCUCUCGCCACCGCCUCUCGUUCGUUCCCUUCACCAUCGACUCCAUGGAGCCCACCCCCGAAGAUCUUAACAAAGUUAUCAAAUUUGCAAGGGCAACUGGUGACUUACAGACCCUGUCAGAUGUUGACCUCAAACUCAUUGCUCUAACUUACACAUUAGAGGUACAGAUCCAUGGAACUGAACAUGUUAGGGAUGCUCCUCCCCCAAUCCAUACAAUCAAUGUGAAGAGGCUUCCUGAGAAGGACAUGCCUGGCUGGGGUUCUAAUGUUCCUAAUUUGGAAGAGUGGGAGGCAUUAGAACAGGAAGCUGGUGAUGGAUCAAACGCCCAUUCAAGGAUCCUUCCCUUGAAAGAGAUGAGCUUGAAUAUUAUCCCUGCAGAUGAUCAAUCUGAAGAUGGUUCAACAGUAGCUGAAAAUGAAACACAUUUUGAGAAGCAUGAAGAUGUUGAACAUGGUUUGAGGAAACAUAGGAGAUAUCCGAAGAAGAAAAAGGAAGUAAGUAUUGAAGGGAAGAAGAUGGUAGCUGAUGGAAUUGAUGCAUCUAAGGGGCAAUUUGAUGAUGAUGCUGGUGAUUGGAUGCCUGCUGUUAGUCGAAGUACUCAUCGAAGAUAUCUUAGAAGGAAAGCUAGACGUGAAUAUUAUGAGGCAUUAUCUGAAAAAGAUAGUCAGCAAGAUCUGGAGAAAAAUAUGAAUAGCAACAGUUCUAAUGAAACUAAUAUCCUAGAUCCACUAUUUCAUCGAAAUUUUGAGACUAUAGAUGCUGGAAAUGGGAUUUCUAAGGAGGGUGAGGCGAAGAAUGAUGACGGUGGUCUUACUUCAAUACUAAACCUAAUGAGGCUGGAAGAAGGUUCUUUGAAUGCUAUUCAAGAAGUGAAAGAAGAGAACAGCACCCUUGCAGGGCUUGAGUUUACUAAUUCUCUGGUGAUGGAAGCUUCUUCUGACAACAACGCAAAUUCUGCUCUUGAAGCCAGUGAAGUUGAUAUUGUCAAUGGUGAACUAGAUCACCAGGAGAUCUUAAGCCAAACCAAUGAAAGUAUUGAUGUGUCACAUGUGGAUGAUGAUGAUAGUGAGCAGAGCUGGACGCUUAAAUCCUUAUCAGAGUCCAGUGUAGCCUGUUUAACUAGUGACUUUGCAAUGCAGAAUGUACUUCUGCAAAUGGGAUUACGACUAUUGGCACCUGAAGGAAAGCAAAUCCGCCAGUUGCACAGAUGGAUAUUGAAAUGCCAUGCGUGCUACACUGUGACUGCUGAAAUUGGGAGAAUUUUCUGUCCAAAGUGUGGAAAUGGUGGCACUUUACGGAAGGUAGCCGUUACAGUUGGAGAGAAUGGAAUCAUUUUGGCAGACCGUCGGCCACGAAUCACUCUGCGAGGUACAAAAUUUUCAUUGCCUUUACCGCAAGGUGGAAGGGAUGCCAUUGCUAGGAAUCUUAUUCUGCGUGAAGAUCAACUCCCAAAAAAAUUCCUUUACCCAAAGACAAAGAAGAAAGCAAAUAAAGAGGGAGAUGAUUUCUUUGCUUCGGACAACAUCUUCAACCACCAUACUGAUAAAAGAGCUCCUUUCCAACCACCAAUAAGGAAGGCAUUAGCAGUUUUCAGUGGAAAGAGGAAUCCAAAUGACAAUCACUACUCCCGUCCGAAGCAUUGAUGGUAGUUUUGUCUCUUUAUUUAAUUUAAAUCGUCCAAAGAUUGUGAUAGCAAUACGUAGCAUUUCCGUGUAUUAUCAGUUGGGUACCUAAAUUUGUGAUAUAUGUAGUUUGCUCAUCAAUGAGCACAAUUUUGGGUGGCUCAUGCGUAAUGCAAAUGAAUACAAGCAAAAAUUCUACAUGCUUUUACUUAAAAAACUUGAUCUUUCCUUGGGCUUUACCUCUUCA